GUCAGGAACAGUGAAACACUAACACACAUUGAGUAAAAGCAUAGUUUUGGACCUAUGCUACAAGUCGUAUAACGGCAAUCACUCGAACUUCGCUCUUCUUCAUGUUUUUCAAGAUAAUAGUUACUGGUUUUGGCUCAGCCUCAUCCUCAUCAACCGAUCAUUAUCGCCAGUCUUAAUUUGGUCCUCCAGCAGAGAGCAGCUCUUAUUUGUGCGUAGUCCACAAUGAAUUCGGUGUUAUCGGUGCUCAUAAGUGUAUUAUUCCACUCUAGCGUUCAUUCAUAUUUUGCGCGAUCGUGUCGUUUGCCUGGAUUGCCUAAAGCUACGGGACGAUGUGUUCCAAUCGAACAAUGUCGGCAAAUUUCCGAUUAUUUAGUGCCACUCCAAUUUGAACCCAAUCACGGCUUUAGGCAAUAUAUUGAAGAGCGCGUUUGUGAUCGACGACCAGACGGGGUAAAACACAUUGCGUCCGUUCAUGUAUGUUGUGGUGCGGAAUCCUCCGGUCAUAAACAAGCUAUGAUUCAGCGGAAAUCCCAGGCUCGGCAAAAUUGCCGCACAUUCCGACUCGGUCAAGGGUCUUGUGUACCUAUCGCAUCGUGUCCAGCGCUCUUGAACAGUAGCUUGGAUUUGCAGAAAAAUUACAAUCCUACCUUACACCUUCAGUUAACCCAGAGCUUUUGCUACCAGGAGAAGGGUACAACGUAUGUUUGUUGUGAAAAGGAAAAGCAGUUAUCGUUCAAAAUCACCAAAAAGUUAGGUUGGCAGCGUUGUCAAACUCCUUUUUUAGACGCUGGAAAAUGUGUCCCACCAAGUCGUUGUGGGCUGAUCGAGAACCGAGACAUCGUGCCGGAGGUUUUCCAAGCAUUUAUGGUGGGUUGUGAUCAGCCGAACAAUGUGCGUCAUAUGUGUUGUCCCGAAGAUGAAGUUCAGUACGAUAUUCAGUACGGCAAGCAGUGCACAACGCAAAGUGGCAAUUCCGGUUAUUGCACUGAGUCGGAUCGUUGUGACGAUUUCAAUAAAGCUGCUGAUAAACAAGCCUAUGUGAGAAAUAACUGGUGCUACACGUCUCUCGAUCAAGUGGAUUAUGUGUGUUGCGGAGCAAAAAAGAUUCUCAAAGCCCCCGAGGAAGUAUUCGACGUCAGGACCCGAGCGGGCGAAGAUGCUCCAGCGUGUACAACGCCGAAUAAUACCGCAGGUCGAUGCGUGACUCUGGACAUGUGUACACCGAUCGCAAACAUUCUCAGACGAAUAUCUGCCAGUGGAUACGCCAUUUCUCCGGAACAGGCCACAUACCUCAGGAACAGCAUUUGUACGCUUGAGUCAACGACGAGCACAUCAUACCACAUUUGUUGCGACGAACGCGCUUUGCAAACGGCUAGUGCGUCACCCACCACUUCCACAACGACUACAACAGCAGCAACACCAGCUGAGCCCGGUAUUGCCAACGAUAUCGCUAAUCAUCCAAAUUUCCGAUUAUUGGAUAGUGCAGGCUGUGGAAGAUCGAAUUUGGAUGACAAAAUCGCAUUUGGGGAGCGAGCCGCGAUGUAUCAAUAUACUUGGAUGGCAAUGCUUAUCUAUCGUUCUGCGAGUGGCCAGGAUGGUCCUGAGUGCGGUGGAACCGUUAUUAAUAGUCGCUAUGUUAUGACUGCAGCCCAUUGCAUUGAUGGACAAAUUGAACGAUUGCAAUACGUACGAUUGGGAGAAUAUGACACUCGUACCGAUCCUGACUGCGAUGAGUACAUGGAUUGUGCUCCGCCGUUUCAACGUUAUAAUGUGGAAGAGUAUAAAGUUCAUCCAAAUUUUACGCGAGUUGUUCGUUCUGGCAACGACAUCGGUCUACUUCGGAUGAACCGUAACAUUGUAUUCGAUAGCGACGUAACACCAAUUUGUCUGCCAUACACCGCGGCCCUGAUCAGAUUUGAUCCAACACUUUACUGGAUCACAGGAUGGGGUCUAACCGAACGCUUGGAGAAUAGUCCCGUUUUGAUGCAGACCAGAAUCCCAUCCGUUGAAUGCAGCCUGAAUACCCACUCGAUUUGUGGCGGUUUUGGCAAUGGAACACUACAUUGCAGUGGAGAUUCUGGUGGGCCGAUGAAAGUACAGGUUCCAGAGAUCAAUUUUCGCUAUGUUCAAUAUGGUAUUAUCUCCGCUGGGCCAGGAUGUGGACUUACAGGAGCGCCUGGUGUGAGUACGAGAGUGUCAUACUUUAUGCUGUGGGUUUUGGAUAAUCUCCGUGCAUAAAUAAAACAAAAUCAAUAAAAUCAAAAA